GGAGGGGAGGAUCGAUUGAUAGGGGUCGGAGCGGCUGCCCAGGCCGGUGCUCCCUGCCGUUUCUUUCCCUUUCCCUCUCUCUCUCUACUUCUCUCUGCCUCUGCUUGCUCUGCUCUGUAUCUGUGACCAUCUCGCUUCGUCAUCUCGUCGUCGUUUGUGUUCUUGGAUUGGGUUGGGUUGGGUUGGUGAGGUGGGGAGAUGGUUUGGUGAGGAGUUGUGUGUUGCUGCAGCUGCAGCUGCUCUGCUGGUGUGGGGGUGGAAUUGUGUUGGGUUUCUUUGGUUGAGGAGAGAGGAGGGCGAAUCUGUGGGAUGAGGAUGCGGUGGUGGGCGGCGCCGCUCGCCGCCGUGCUCGCCGUGAUCCUGCUGCCGUCGUCCACCGCCACGCUCUCUCCCGCCGGCAUCAACUACGAAGUGGUGGCGCUGAUGGCCAUCAAGACGGAGCUGCAAGACCCCUACAACGUGCUUGACAACUGGGACAUCAACUCCGUCGAUCCCUGCAGCUGGAGGAUGGUCACCUGCUCCGCCGACGGCUACGUCUCCGCGCUAGGUCUGCCCAGCCAAAGCUUGUCAGGCAAAUUAUCCCCCGGAAUUGGGAACCUCACCAGGCUGCAAUCUGUGCUAUUACAGAACAAUGCAAUAUCUGGCACUAUUCCUGCCAGCAUAGGCAGGUUGGGGAUGCUGCAGACGCUUGACAUGUCAGACAAUCAGAUUACUGGGAGUAUCCCGAGUUCAAUUGGCGAUCUCAAGAACCUCAACUAUCUGAAGUUGAACAACAACAGCUUAUCUGGAGUUCUACCUGAUUCAUUAGCCGCCAUCAAUGGCCUUGCUCUAGUAGAUCUUUCAUUCAAUAAUUUGAGCGGUCCAUUGCCAAAGAUUUCUUCAAGAACUUUCAACAUUGUGGGAAAUCCAAUGAUCUGUGGUGUCAAGUCUGGAGAUAAUUGCUCUUCUGUAUCGAUGGAUCCACUUUCAUACCCUCCAGAUGAUCUUAAGACUCAGCCACAACAAGGCAUCGCAAGAAGCCACCGUAUAGCUAUUAUCUGUGGAGUCACUGUUGGUUCGGUAGCAUUUGCAACUAUCAUAGUCAGUAUGCUUCUUUGGUGGCGGCAUAGGCGCAAUCAGCAGAUCUUUUUUGAUGUAAAUGAUCAAUAUGACCCAGAAGUAUGUUUGGGUCAUCUUAAGCGUUAUGCCUUUAAGGAGCUUCGAGCAGCUACCAAUAAUUUCAACUCAAAGAAUAUUUUAGGUGAAGGCGGGUAUGGAAUAGUAUACAAAGGUUUUCUACGUGAUGGUGCAAUUGUUGCUGUCAAAAGAUUGAAGGACUAUAAUGCUGUUGGUGGGGAGGUUCAGUUCCAAACUGAAGUUGAAGUCAUAAGCUUGGCUGUUCAUCGGAAUCUCCUUAGACUCAUUGGAUUCUGCACCACAGAGAACGAAAGAUUACUUGUUUAUCCUUAUAUGCCAAAUGGAAGUGUUGCUUCUCAGUUGCGGGAACUUGUAAAUGGCAAGCCAGCUCUAGAUUGGUCAAGGAGAAAGAGGAUAGCACUAGGCACAGCACGAGGGUUGCUUUAUUUGCAUGAACAGUGUGAUCCAAAAAUAAUUCACCGUGAUGUAAAAGCCUCCAAUGUGCUUCUUGAUGAAUACUUCGAAGCAAUUGUGGGAGAUUUCGGAUUGGCGAAACUUUUGGAUCAUAGGGAGUCUCAUGUUACCACUGCAGUACGUGGGACAGUAGGGCACAUAGCUCCAGAGUAUUUGUCAACUGGGCAGUCAUCGGAGAAGACGGAUGUUUUUGGGUUUGGAGUUUUGUUGGUUGAGUUGAUCACUGGUCAGAAGGCAUUGGACUUUGGAAGGCUAGCGAAUCAGAAAGGAGGAGUGCUUGAUUGGGUAAAGAAGCUUCAUCAGGAAAAGCAGCUGAGCAUGAUGGUGGAUAAAGACCUGGGUAGCAACUAUGACAGGGUCGAGCUCGAGGAAAUGGUUCAGGUGGCCUUGCUGUGCACACAAUACUACCCAUCUCAUCGUCCCAGAAUGUCGGAGGUGAUCAGAAUGCUGGAAGGGGACGGUCUCGCGGAGAAAUGGGAGGCAUCACAGAACGUCGACACACCGAAAUCCGUUUCGUCAGAGCUUCUACCCCCAAAAUUCAUGGAUUUUGCGGCAGACGAAUCCUCCCUUGGCUUGGAAGCCAUGGAGCUCUCUGGACCGAGGUGAUCGGUGUCGAUAUUCGUUCUUUGCGACAAAUGUGUUUGAUUUGAUUAGAGCUCUUGAGCCGCCCAACUAAGGGGGAUGAGAAUUUUCCAAAUUGAGUAGAGCCAUAUUGUUGUCUAUAGCCGAGGUGGUAUUCAUUUGUACAUACAGUAAGCAUUAUGUGAGGUGAGCCCAUCCUUGUUGCACAUCUAUAGGUGGCAAAGAGAGAUGAGAUUGAUGAGCAAAUAUAGAAAAAAAAAGAAGUUUUCUAUUGGAGAGUCUCUGCUCCAUUUUUCAUGCAUAA